AUGGCCGGCCAACGUGUCCAGCAGGUCAUUAUCCGUGAAGAUGUGAGAAGAGCAGCCGUCAUUUCUCUCUCCAACAACGACACGAACCGGGUGCUCUGGGAGACCUGCGAGCCCGUCUGGGACUCGGCCGAUCUCUUGACAAGCCCAUCUGGCAGCACGGACCAGAUGGCUGUUUUCGGAGUAAAGGGUGUCCUCGUGACUGAGUUUGUCGGCCCGUUCUCCCCCCAGCAUCACGGCUACUACCGCUUCAUCAUGCGGUACAUUAUCGAUUUUUCUGCGCAGCCGCGCUACCGGUACCGGAUGUACGUGUCCGUUGCUGGUCCCAUCGGCAUGCCGAAUGAAAAUGUUGGCGAGCUUCAUGUUUUCCAGGAGUCUUGGCCCAGUGCAAACGCUCAACGAGAGUACAUUGAAGGGGACAUUCGUACUCUCACCAACUCUGUCAGUCUGUUUGGUUUCCCUGCUGCCGCGCGUCUGUUCCUGUCCUAG